AUGUCUCUCCCUUUCCUCCAAACUUUCCCACGAGAGAUCCGCGACUUAAUUUACACUUUUAUCCUCGCAGAUCCGAAUGGUAUCAUUACUCUCUCGCCAUGGUCUAUGGAAGUUGCGCAGUCCUUUUCCAUACUCCGAACAUGUAAACAAGUACACAGAGAAUGCAAGGAAAUAAUCUGGGAGCAUAAAGGACUGAAAUUGCGGGAGCUUCCUAUCUUAAAAUCCAAGCUCGAAAAGAGGAUUUCAAUGCUUGGCGAAACAACGCGAUGGCAUAUAUUCAUACAAUUGGAGGUAUUAGAUUGGGACGAAUUAGAGUGGGUUGAGCGUGGUCUGGCAGCAGUGGCAGGGUCUCUACAAAAAUUGCAUGGUAUUACAAUCAAAGCGAGCAAAGAACGGCCACAAACAGUCGAGGAAUUUGAGGAUAUUCUCGACCUAAGGGAAAACGGUGAAAUAGUCGAUGGAAGGUUAUAUCAAGAGUAUCCUGGAAAUGCUUCGACAGACAAAGGAUAUCGAACUUGGAUGAUAAACACUAGUUGGCCUCGACUGUCUCCUUGGGCCAAGAGAAAAUGGUUGGCAGAAAUGCUAAUUGACACGACAGAUACAAGCAAGCUAUUAGACAGGAUUCAUGACCAAUUUGGCGGGCAAUUAUAUGUUGAUGGGGUCUUAUAUUUAAAAGAUGGAAAACAAGUUGUGAAGGGUUUGAAGCUUGAUUCAAGAGAUGGAGAGCUCAAAAUUACUCCCAGACACAGCUCCUUAGCCUUGAUCUCCAACCCCCCGCAACCCCCUCCAUCUUCUCCGCAAUCCCCAGUCCUCAUAUACCAGUUCCCAGUUCUCAUAAACCAGUUUCCAGUCUCCAGUCUCCAAGUCCCAAGUCCUAGGCUCAAAAUGCGAAUCAAAACACAUCUCAAUAUCUUAAUUGAUAUCCCACGAGAAAUUCGAGACGAAAUAUACGAAUAUGCCUUUCAAACUCCAUUCAAUUGUGUCACUUACCGUUGUACCUUAAACAAUACUUAUAAAAUACUACCUUAUGAUCCUCAAAACGACAUUUGUCUUUCCAACUCCUCACUUCCCGCUCUCGGUCUUUUAAGUACUUGUUCUCAAUUAUACAAUGAAGCUAUUAUCUCCCUCUGGAAGGUCAAUAGCCUCGGACUCUGGCCCGCGGAUUUACUUUUUCGCAUGGGAAAUCUGGGUGAUGAUACUUUUAUACAUGUUCAGUCACUACAAGUAAAUCUCGAUUUGACUGAUCCCGAUGAUUUGAAAUGGGCUGAAAUGUUAUUUUUGAGAAUUGGAGGGAACUCUGGUCUUUGUAAUGAAAGAAACGAGGGGGAAAGUUGGAGUGGUUUAAAGAAAGUUCAAAUCAACCCUAUGAGAACCGAGGAAAUUAAAAUGGAUGUUAAAUGGAUGCAAAGGGUCUCAGAAGCUAUGGACUUGCGGUGGAAAAGUGAGGAACUUUUCACUGGUAUGAAUCCAGAUGCGGAUAAAAGUUGGGGAUUAUAUUCUCGGUGGAUGGAGCUUCUUCGUAAGGCGGGAACACCGGGCAGUGAUAUAUAUCUAGGGGACUGGGUAAAAAGGACGGUCAGUGUAAAUACGGCUUGGGAUGACUGGGUGUAUUGGGACCAAAACGAGUGGCUGAAGAAAUCACCUCACGGGGCUGGUGUGAAGGGAAUGGAAGAAGUGAUGGAGGAUUUCAGUGAGACUUUUGGAGGAGAAUUAUGGGCAAAUGGGAAGUUGUGUUAUAAGGAUAAGGAUAGACUCAAGAGAGUUUUUGAAUUGAAACCGGUCGACCUUCUUGGAACCUAUCCAGCGGUCAGCGAGUGA